AAGCCUAGCCAAUCCCGUGCAUCUUCUCUCUCCGCUCUCCAGGAUUGUGACUUUGAUGAUGGUUGAACGCGGAAGAGCAGAGGAGAAAAUGGAGACAGGAAAAGCUUUUCUUCAAUGCAAAGUUCUUUCUCUCUCUUUGCAAAUGGGCCCAUCAUCAAUCACAAUCCUAAGACCCAACUGUCACGUAUUCUACUCCUGCCACUACUCUCUCUUUCUCCUCUCCUUGCCAGCAUAAACUUUGAGCCUUCAACUUUCACUUUCACACUUGCCACAACUUCUAUUCAUCCUCCACUUUUCUCAAGUCUUUAAUGCCUGCCUAUACGAGAAUAAUUUCGCCUAAAAAAUAAUGGGUCGGUGCAAGAUAAGCACUUUAGUCUUCUAUUCCUCCUCUCCUUUUCUGCUUGUCAAAAGAUACCCACUUAUACCCACCCCAUCCUCAAAAUGACAUGAGUCCUGUUUUUACCUUGUCAUAUACUAGAAAACUCAUUGAAAUUCGUCUGGUUUUUUGUUUUUUUUUUUUUGCUGGAUUUAUUUAUUUUUAAAAUUUUUUGGGGAUUUUUUUUUCUCUGAGUUGGGGACAAUUCGGUCCCUGUUUCGGCAUCUCUACUGUUAUUGUCGCUUUUUUUUUGCCUUGUAAUUUUGUGAUUUUUCUUCCUUUUGGCUUGAAGCAUUUCUCUCAGAAUUUGGUGAAUAUUGAUUUGGGUGUUGAGGAAAAAGCUGGCAUACUGGUGCUGACUGCUAAUUGAUGAAAAUUAAGGUUGUAAUUAGGAGUUCCAGAUAUUAGCAUCGAAAGCAAGCUUUCAGUUGAUAAAGCCAGAAGCCGAAUAUAGUCAUUGCUUUGAAUAUUGGUCUUAUGGUGUAACCGAAGGCAAGCUUUUACACCAAGAUUCUGAUUAUUGAUUAAUUUUGCUGAUCCGUGAAAUUCAGAAGCUGAUUUCCUCUGCCGUGACCCACUCGUGAUUUUGAACUAUAACAGUUAUUUUCGUUAAAGGGAAGAUCAAAGUAUCUAAAGCUUGAGGCAGUGAGGAACUUCAGGCGCUGUUUAAGGCUUGUGGAGGAAAUAAGAAGCUUUUCAAUAACUUGCAAUCCACAAAAAGCUUAGGCUAUAUCUUGAGCUUGACGCGUCUGAGGAAGCUUCACUUGUUGAAAUUGGAAUUUUUUUCACUUUCCUUUGGUCUGGUAUACCUGGCCGCAUUGUUGUCCUUCUUGGCCUCAUCGAGACUGAGAUUUAAAGUGAACACACUAGUGAAAAUAUUUGUAUGAACAAAGCAUAUUAAAGAAUCAAACAUUCACCAUGGCAAAGAAAUCUCAGAGACGCCCCAUCCGACAUGAAAGGGACCAAUCGGGCUGUAUGUGGGGUUUAAUUAGUAUGUUUGACUUCCGCCACGGUCGAUCAACUAAGAGGCUGCUUUCAGAUAGGAAACGUGGGCCCAGGCAUAUUGUUGCUGCUGGGAAUGCUAAGAAUAAGCCUUUCUUGUUAACCAAUCUGGAUCAAAAUUCUCAGCGCAUCAUUGGUGGUGAAGAGAGUGUAGCAGCAGUUGCUGCUAGUAAGCCAAGUGUGAAGAAACUCAUGGAAGAAGAGAUGUUCUGUGAGAAAGACUUAAAGAAGGAGAUAAACAGUGUUGAAAUGGAAACAAAACAGUCUACUUCAGAAUCUGGAGGCAACAAAAGGAAAAACCGCAAAAGAACAAGUAGAAGUCGCUCAAGAAGCUGUGAGAUAUACAUAGAAGAUCUGGAUGCUGCUGAGAACUUGGAACCUGAAAAGCCUUGCCUUCAGAAUUCAGAAAAGCAAUCUAAUAAUAUUCUUGAUAUGGAUGAUUUGAUGGAAGAGUUCUGUCGCCAGAUUCAUCACACUAGUUGCUUAACGCAUGAUCAGCAUGAUGAAGUUCACAGCCAACCAAACUGGAAGAAUUCUGACUUUGAAGAAAAAUUGAGUGAGGCAAUCAAAAUUUUUAUAAGUCAGAGGCUCAUCAAUGGGAAACAUGUUACAGGUGAUGAGGAAAUAUUCCCUUCCAAAGAGCUCAAGGAUGCACUCAGGAUUCUAAGUUCUGAUGAGGAAUUAUCUCUGAAACUCUUACAAGGUCCAAAGUCGGUAAUGGUGAAAUAUGUUGAGAACUUGUGGAAUGCUCACAUAGGGAAAGAUAACGUCUCCAAGCCACUUUCAGGAUCAAACUUGUCAGGACAGGAGAUUCAUGGCUUAAAACAGUCUGAUGAGGUUAUCCAUGGUAAACAGCGCAAGUUUUUCAGGAGGAAGGCCAAAUCUCUAGAAAAGAACCAAUCAAAGGAAAUUAAACCUUCUCAAGCUUCAAAUAGGAUUGUCAUUUUAAAGCCUGGACCUAUAGGAGUGCAAAAACCAGAAACUGAAGGAAGAGUUGGUUCAUCUCCAGAAUCGCAAAUUACCAUAAGAAACAAGGGACCAAAUGAAAGAGUUGGUUCCUACUUUUUUUUCACUGAAAUUAAAAGAAGGUUAAAACAAGCCAUGGGGAAAGAGCAACAAGAGAUCGCUCCUGAUGGCAUUUCAAAGAGAUUACCUAACAAACUUCAAGCUAGGGGAGAUAGUGAUAAAAGAUAUAAAGAGAAUGUUGGAAGUUCUCCAAGUAAGGACCACUUCUUUAUUGAAAAAAUUGCCAGGCCUCCAACUGGUGUCAAAAAGGAAGAGAAGAAUGACAAGUUGAAAGAAUGUGAAACAGGUUUGAAGCAUGAAGCUGCUACUUAUCCCAAGGAAAGAUUAUCUAACAUUUAUGUCCAGGCCAAGAAGCAUCUCUCUGAGAUGCUUCCCACUGGGACUGGGGAUGUGGAUUUUUCAAGCAGACAGGUUCCAAGAACCCUAGGGAGGAUUCUUUCUCUUCCUGAGUACAAUUUCUCUCCCAUUGGCAGUCCUGGAAGGGAUUGGGGGCAAAGCCUUGUUACUGCACAGAUGAGAUUUUCUGCCAAUGAAAAUUUUCAGAAGCAAGAAAACAAUGUUGACCAUCUUGGUCGAAUGACACUAAACUCAGAGACUGAGUUGUGUAUUUCUUAUGACAGUACUGAUAAUAAAUCAAGAGCCUCUCCAAACCGAAAUUCAAGCACAGCAAAUGAACUCGCCCAGGAUAAUGAAGUGGAGAAAAUCUUGUGUUCUGUUGGAGAGGGGAUGACUUCAGAAGGUGAUGUGGAUAUUGUAAAAGUAGCUGAAAUUGUAGUACAAGAAGACGGCAAUAUCUUGGAUACUCUUUCUGAACCAAGUGACUCUUCCAGGACUAGAGAUGACCAAAAUGGUGACAUGUCUGAAGUUUGUGAUGAAAAAAGACAUUCUGUAUGCUUGGAACAUGAUUUACUUGAACAGAACCAAGCUUCAUCUUCUGCAAUAACAUCCCCAUCUACCUCUACAAUCACCAAGAAGGAUGACAAUCUAGAAGGUAUUGUAGAAGCAUUAGAGCGGCCAAGUCCUGUAUCUGUCCUUGAGCCACUUUUCAUAGAGGAGGAAAUCAGCCCAGCAAGAACCAGAUUCCAACCUGCUGAACUGCGAAUUCAACCCCAAAGAAUUCAGUUUGAAGAGCAUGUCCCUUCAGCUGCUGAUAUAGGCACUCAUUUGAAAGCUUAUAUAGCAGACAAGGAAUCAAUAUUUGAAUAUGUGAAAGCAGUGCUGCAAGCCUCUGGAGAGAAUUGGGAUGAGUUCUAUAUCAUGUCCAAUUCUUCUGACCCACUUCUUGACCCAUCAAUAUUUGAUGAGGUAUGGUCCUUUCCGAACCAGCUUUCUUAUGACAGGAAACUUAUCUUUGAUUGUAUUAAUGAAGUUCUCAUGGAGGUAUAUGGGCGCUAUUUUGGUUGCCCCCUUGGGUUAUCAUUUGCAAAACCUACCAUCCGACCUGCGCCAGACAUGGAAAAUGCUAUUCGUGAGGUAUGGGAAGGAGUGUAUUGGUAUCUCCUCCCAUUGCCACUACCUCGUACAUUAGAGCAGAUAGUCAAGAAAGACAUGGCUAAAACUGGGACAUGGAUGGACCUUCGAUAUGAUAGUGAAACUAUCAUCAUUGAGAUCGGUGAAGCCAUUUUUAAAGAUCUGGUGGAAGAAACUACGUUAAGCUGUGUAAAUGAAUGUUCAGAAAGUGGAAAUCCUUCAAUUGCAGCUGAAUCGAAGGAUCAGGGUAGCAUCGAUUUGUAAAUUACAUUUUACUUGUGUUUGUUCUUACCAAUAAUUGAGCUCCAUUGUUUCUGGGUGGGAGGAGGAGCAGUUUCAUCUCAGCAGGCUUCAUUUGUCCCUUCUGGGAUGUCCUGGACACGGCUAGACAGAGGCUUUCUUUCUAACUUUGCCAUUGAGAUCAUGUAUAUAUCAAACAGUUCUAACAUUGUCAAAGCACGAUAGCUAGGCAGAUAUCCUCAAAUGAAGUAUUCAUGCUUCGUGGGCAGGAAUCAGGAGCCCAAUCAGCAAGUACUUCUUGCUAUCAAGCAAAGACUACUUGAUUUCCAUGGCAAUUUUUUCAACCAUGACCGGAUAGGCACCUUACACUCAGUUGACAAUAGAACUAUUAUCAUUGUAGACUUGUAGAUUAUGGUGUGUUGAUUGUGUCAGUUAAGGCAGUGUAUGUUGUUAACCUUGUUAUUUCUUGGUUCUUUUUGCCCUGAUUUCAUUCUUUCUUCUGUCAAGUUUUUGUUCCUUUUACCUCUCUCCUUUAUUUAUGAAGUUGGGGUUGCUGUGAAUUUGUGACUAUUUGGAUGUAUUAUAGGGGGUAAUUUUGCACGAGUGUUGUAUGCAAUUAACAAGCUAUUGUUGCUAUGUUCUGAUUUAUGAAUAAUUAAUACAGGUAAUAUAUGGAAUACAUGUGGUGUGCUUGCUCA